AUAGUGAGCUCCUUGCGGUCGGUGGUGUUGAGGUGCAGGAUUUAUUUUUUGAACGUAUCAAGUUAGUCUGUUCAUACCCUGGAUUAGCUAGAUUAGACAUUUCCAAUUUAUUGAGAAAAAAAUUCUGUAACGCGAUAUAGAAUUCGCGUCGUACAGUAGUAUCAUGCCUACGAGUAUGAACUGAACAUAUUUCUUAUUUUCAGAAUGGUGUCCGGCAGUAACGAUUAAAAAAGAAGAAAUUAUGUAGCCUGGUGGUGUGGUUAUGAAGUAGUGCUGAUUUUAAUAGUUGAAGUUUAAUAGCUGUCAGUUGACAAGUUGGUUACAUGCUGUCAAUAGCGUGGUGUUUGUGCUGGAAGACAGCAUUUAAGUAUUACUGUGAAGGUAUUUUCGCGAUACUCUCAACUCCACAUUCUUUGAUCGGUAGGCUGGUAGCCUGUGAAUCAUUUGCUGUAAGGUUUGGUUAUGUGACGGUCCUGUCAGAUAUAUUUUCUCAAGAGUAUCCUAUCCGUUUACAUAACUGGUGCCCUGCCAUGUCCUACGCUCUGCGAAGAGGAUACAAAGGUUCCCCUCGCCAAUAUGUGUCGGGAUCGGCCAAAUGCUGGCAACAGUGGUUGUGCUGGGACUGGGAAAGGUAUUCCACAUAAUUACCUUCCCAGAUCUGGAUGAAACCGUACUGAGCAAGACAUUUCCUCUACCGCUUCUUUAUGUAGGGAAUCAAAUAACAGGACUGUUGGGAACGAAAAGGCUGAAUUUACCCAUGUUUACUGUUCUGAGGAGAUUUACCAUUCUCUUUACAAUGAUUGCUGAAGGUCUCCUAUUGAAGAAGGAUUUCUCUCUUCCUGUAAAAUUAGCAGUAUUUUCAAUGGUUCUUGGAGCUUUUGUGGCUGCUAGUGCUGAUUUGUCCUUUGACUUGCAAGGGUACAUGUCCAUUCUAUUGAAUGACGUCUUGACAGCGGCCAAUGUCGUCUAUGUGAAGAAGAAACUUGACACUAAAGAGUUGGGAAGGUAUGGGCUUGUCUAUUACAACGCAUUAUUUAUGGUCUUUCCAACCCUGCUGCUGGCUCAUUUCACUGGAGAUAUUCAAAUGAUGCUGGAGUUUGAAGGGUGGUUUGAUGUGGUCUUUGCUGGCCAGUUUAUUCUCUCUUGCUUUAUGGGGUUUAUUCUGAUGUACUCUGCCGUGCUUUGCGCGCAGUACAACUCAGCUCUGACAACAACCAUCGUGGGCUGUAUAAAGGUAAGCUCUACAGUAAAUGUGUGCUUCUGGGAUAUCAGCGAUGUUGUGCUUUUGUUAAUGCUGCCUUCUUAUUUCCUUAUCCCCUCCAUAGAAUAUCUUGGUUGCAUACAUUGGGAUGAUAUUUGCUGGCGACUACAUUUUUACCUGGACAAACUUCAUUGGUUUAAACAUCAGUAUCGCUGGCGGUCUGGUGUACUCAUACAUCACCUUCACAGAAGAUCAAUCAAGUAAACAAAGUGAAAAUGCCAAUAAAGCGGAAUUAAAAGAAGCGGCCGUAUGACAGGCACUCCGGGCCUGUGCUGUAUUUUGGUACAGCACAGCUAUUUUUAGUAUCUGCAUGCAGACAAACCAAAAUACCUUCCUGAAGCUGUUGGACGGAGCUUGAGCUACAGUAAUUGACAAAAACUCAAUAGAAUACCUUGUAGUGUGGGAGACAGCUGUGGAAAAUAUGGUGCCUGUGACAGUAUUGCAUUGCCUUGCACAGCUACUGUCUUUCUGUCAGUGCUAAGGAAUGUUUUAGUCAUUCCUCUUUUGCUUACUCUUUAGAGACUGGUUUUGGGGCCAGUCAGCAACAUUUUUUGUUCAGACUUUGUAGCGUGGAAAUAAUAUUUGUAUCUUUUUAAAAUUAUUUCUCCAAUUAUAAUUAAUUGUUUGUGUUUAAAAGGGAAAGAUAUGUAUCAGGGAUGAACCUUAUGCUGCAGACAUGUAGGAUGACUCAGGGUAAAAUCUGAACCAACUGGAAUGCAUGAUAAUAUGUGUGUGUGUGUGUGUGUGUGUGUGUGUGUGAGAGAGAGAAAGAGAGAGAGAGAGCGUGCGCUUAAGUGAUUUUCUUCUUUAUUAUUGUGUCUUUAUGCAUACAUGCAAUCUGGAUGGUGUACCUCAUGUAGUUAGUUUUACAUGCUGGAGGAACGUGCUGUAGAUUAUGUUGUUUAUGUACGUUUCAUUUAAAGAAUAAUAAAGCAGUAAUGCACUUUUGACA